AUGACUUGGGAUGACGAGAGGAUGAACAACCAGACCGAGUUUGCGGGCUGUUACGAUGAUGAUGGCGGGCAGACAUAUUCGCUUACUAUCCUCAAGAAACCGGAGUACCCCGUGAUAUGGGAGCGUUUUCCCGGCGUGUUUCUGCAUCGGUUGACGGUGCUGGAGGAAGAGAGUCUGAUUGAGAGGGUUGAGAGGGAUGAUGAGCGGGGUAUAUGGGGGUUUUUGGGGCAGGGGAAUGGGAGUAGGUAUACUAUUGUUUGGAAGGAGGCGCCGAGUAGGGAGAGGGAGAGGAGGUUGGGGUGGGAUAGGCUGGAGCGGGAGGAGAAGAGGGAGUGGGAGGGGGCGGUGGGGAGGUGGGAAAGGGAGAUGAGGGGGUAUGAGAGGCAGGUUUGGGCGUUGGGGUUGAUGAGGGCUUGGUUGGGGGGGGCGAUUGAUAGGGGUUUGUUAAGGAAGGUGAUGGAUCCGGAUGAGGGUGUGGUUUUUGAAGUUAGAAAGAGGGGGGGGAGGAGGAGGGAUGAUGAUGUGGGGGACUGGGGGGAGGCCGGGGGAUUGAGGAAGUUGGUCAUGGGGUGUAUGAGGGUGCUGGAGGUGGAGGAGGAUGAGAGGUGGAGAGUUGAGGAGGAGAGGGAAGAGGAGGAGGAGGAGGAGGAGGAGAAUGAGGAGAAUGAGGAGGAAAGGAGAAGGGAAAUUAGGGAGAAGAAGAGGAAGGCGGUGGACUGA